CGUCCAUCUUGUAUCUGACCGUCAUCAUCGCUAUGCACCGCCUCGGCGGCGUCGGCAUCGCUGCCUUUGAGCGCAGUGAACAAUCGAAGCGCUCCUUCGCAGAACUAUCAUCCACGGUAUCGCAGACGCAGGUUGCCGAUCUCAAGUCCCAGCUUGAGCAGUUCCGUACCGCCCUCGCCCGUUUCGCCACACAGCACCGCGACACCAUCAAGAACGAUCCCAACUUUCGUCAUGCCUUUCAACAAAUGUGUGCUACUGUCGGUAUAGACCCGCUCGCUGGCCCUCGCCGGGGAGGAUGGUGGGCGGAGCUCCUGGGCCUCGGAGAUUGGCAGUACGAACUCGGUGUCCAGAUCGUCGACGUCUGCGUCAGCACCAGAACUCGCAACGGCGGCAUGAUCGACAUGAGCGAGCUCGUUCGCCAUGUUACACGUCUGCGCGGCCUGAAUGCUGGCGCGGUCACCGAGGAUGACAUCGUCAGCAGCAUCAAGACGCUUGAACCGCUUGGCGCGGGUUAUCAGGUCAUCGACGUGGGGGGGCGGAAGAUGGUCAGGAGCGUACCGAAGGAGCUUGAUCAGGAUCAGGCUAUCAUCCUCGACUUGGCCCACGAUACGGGUGGACGCGUCGUCGAAAUCGAUCUUGUUUCGCGCCGCGGGUGGACUCAAGAACGAGCGCGCGCUGCGCUUGAAAAUAUGCUUCUCCGAGAUGGCCUAUGCUGGCUCGACGACCAAGAUCCUACAUCGGGAAACGCAUAUUGGAUCAUGUCCGUCAUGCAGUGGGAAUGAGCGAGAGCCCUUGUAUCUCGAACCCGACCUACACGGCCCGUUGUCGUGCGCUCUUCCUGAGCAUGCUCGAGUCAGCGCAUAGAAACAUCUAUCUGAACCAUGGACGACCGUUGGUACUCCACUUCAGUCACUGAAGUGCGAAGUCCGGGAUGCGUGAACGCUUGUGGCUGGAGGCGGUCGCGUACCGUGCUGUCAAGACGCGCAUCACUUCAGGACUAGAGAUCA